AUGAAAAUCAGCCAGGCACACGUCAAAAACCUUGUGACUACAAUCACUCAGUACGGCCUGGGUAAGAAACUCGGCAUCCACCUGCUUCACAAACACGAGCCCCUUCCGGAUGGGCAGGUGAAGCUCGAGAUGAAGAUCGAGUCUGCGCCUGGUAAAUGGAUCAAACCUACUUUGAUCGACUCCCUAGAUCUUAGCAAUAUCCAUGGAGUCACUUUCAAGGUCGUUCCUGGAGAGAAUCGUCUUGUCUCCUAUGAGUUCGGUGAAGGUCCAUCACCUGUCUCCAAUAGCGAUGUGGUCAACAGCAACUGUGUCAAAGACUUCAUCAGCUACGUCACCAAGCAUGACCUAGUUGAUGCGAUUGCGCUUUAG